AUGGAUCAUUACAAGGUUCUAGGUUUGCACAUAACUGCAACGAAGGAAGAAAUCAAAGCGGCGUUCAAGAAACUGGCGUUUCAAUUCCACCCCGACAAGCAUUUCCAAUCGCCCAAGCCUGUCAGGGACAUUGCCACCCUUCGAUUCAAGCAGGUCUCUGAGGCUUACGAUGUCGUCAUGGACGAUCGAAAGCGCGCCGACUACAAUUCGCUAUGGCGCUCCGCCGUCGGCAGCAGCAGCAGCAACCAUUAUUAUUCUCAGUAUAGCUACGGACACGCUAGGAACGAGACCAACUACGAUUAUUAUAACCCAUGA